AUGAAUGCCAUGCAAAGGGAUCAUUCAAAUCAGGUUACAGAAAUGACAAGAGAAUUAAGUUUAAAAGACGAAGAAUUAAGAAGGUUGAGAGAACAAAGAGAUCGUGACUGGGUUAUUAAUCGAAAUGAAGUUCAAAUCAGAGGAGACCAGAACCUUGGGGAAGGAGCGUGGGGAACUGUUUAUCGUGGGCAAUUUCGUGGAUGUGAUGUCGCUGUUAAAGAAACGCACUCGAAUAUUAUGUCUGAUCGUAAUUUGCAAUCGUUCCUGCGAGAGGCUGAAAUGGCUUCGAGAUGCCGCCAUCCUUGCCUGUUGCAAUUUAUUGGUGCGACAACUGAUGAAAGACCACUGGUAAUAACAGAGAUCAUGAAGUGUAGUCUGAGGGCCAGACUAUACGAUACACGUAAAACACCACUAUCCGAACAAGAAAUAACUAUUAUUUCUCUGGACGUGGCGAAAGCACUGAAUUAUCUGCAUCAGAAACCACGACCGAUCAUUCAUCACGAUAUCAGUAGUUCUAAUGUGUUGCUAUGGCGAGAAGGUGACCACUGGAGAGCUAAAGUGUCUGAUUAUGGCACUGCUAAUUUUGUACGUCAAAGCAGUGUCAAUUACGCAGGGGCUGCAGUCUACUGUGCACCGGAAUUCUUGCAUCCAGACCCCGCGCGGGAACGGAUAAGCUGCAAGGUUAGUACUUCAUCCGGCGUUCAAAAUAAACUGCUUGUAAAAUCAGCUUGUCUCUAACAAUCCGUUUAGCUGUUAUCUGCACUGUUAUUAGGCGUUCGCGAAACAACGCGGUUAAACAAUGAGAGAGGCAAUCAGAGCAUGUGCGAGCGCCGUAGGCUCUGGUAAAGGUGUCAACUUUUACCUCAUAUAAAGGAGCAAUGUUUUUGAAAACGGAUGUAUAAAUACUAGGUAGGCAAAGCCUUCGAGUCACGGGUAUACCGUGAAAUAUCCCACGAGUGAUUCGAUUUUUCUUAAUGCACACAUGAGCCUUUAGUCGAGUGUCACUGUAUACAAAGAAAAAAUCAAGUCACGAGUGGAAUGUUCACUGUAUACCACGAGAAAGCCGUGCAUAACUAUCUCAUGCCACUCAACGUGACGACCGAAAAUAAGAAAACUCUACAUCAUAGUCAAGUUAAGUUCGAACAAAGUCAAAUGAUCGACAACUUGUGGAAAACUAAAGUUCUUAUUCACUUCUGUCUACUUUACCUGCAUCCUGAAGAAAAUGUCAAGACAGCUGCCGAAUAUUUCUGAUAGAAUUUCAUUUAGGCUUGUUGUGUCGAAGUACAUGAAGUGUGGAUCCAUUUCGGUCUUCGCAUAUUAUGGUUAACUGGUUCGCUUUUGCUGCUUUCAGUUAGCAAAUCAUUAAAAUUCUUUGUCCGUUAAAGUCUGUUUGUUUUCGUACAGUAAUAGCGGAGCUCUCGCGCGCGCGCGUGGGCGGAGCCCCAUAGCUAAGGUAAUCUACCCAUCCCAGAAAAUUUGGUAAUCACAUGACCGACCGACCGAGCGACCGACCGUCCGUCCGCACCACAGGCAUACCAAUGUUUACUCUCACACUUUCUGGCUAUUUUGGGAGCCCAGGAGGAAGCUGAUUGCACAUCAAUGUUGUCAUCAAUUGACAGCUGUCAAAACAGGGUAUCCGCUGACCAGUAUCACCUGACCGUAUCGCGGGCUCAGGUGUCGACCCAUCAAGGUCGAGUAUUUUUUAACUUAUCCGCUGACAAUUUAUUCCUUUUCAAAUGAUUGCAGGCUCACGUUCACUUUUUUUAAAAAUUCAUAUCAAAUAUGUUGUGUUUAUGUCAGUAUCGCCCCGCACUAUUACGAUUUUGAUUUCAAACUGACCUCAGACGCAAAAAUUCAGACAGUUUUUUUAAAAUACAGGCGGGGAAGACCUUUUCUUACCAUGGCCAAGUGUUGGUCACGCUCCGAUUGGUUAAAAUUUGACGGGUGAGUUCAUGCGUAAAAUUUAUGCAGCAUCUUGAAAGUUGUUUACUUUGACAGCUGAAGCUGACAGAGUUUUGAGUCAACUUGUGAUGUUUUUAACUGUCUUUUUCCACUGGAUGUACAAAAUGAAAUACAGCUGCUAUCAAGAGUGUUCUUUUAUUCAUGGCUGGUUUGUUUAUUGGGUUUUUGGGUGAGAAAUGCGUCGCUUGUCAAAGCCGAUAAUCCGAUUUCGGAUGGCAUCGUUUUUGUUUUUCACCUUGCUGGAUGCGUGCGAGAAUUAUAAAGGCUCAAGCGAUCCUUGCCUUACUUGAUAGCUUUCAGGAGCUGCAUCUCGAAAUAUGGUAAGCCUGAGUAAUUAAGAAUUUAAGAAUUUGUAAACUUGUCGAUCGCAAAAAAUUCGGCCUGAUUUGUUUUCAAAGCCUUAGUGAUCAAGAGCCAUUAUUGCUCUUAACUUUUUGGGUGUACAUAUAAGGCUAUAUCAACUCGAUACAAGAUUUGUUUCACUCCAAAAUCACUUAGCUUUUCAAUAGGAGCCGUGGCUAAAUCUGUAUAUUACAUUUUUAACUUUGACGAAGAAUUCCGAAUGGUAGUUAAUACUCAGGUUUAAUAGUGUUGUUUGCAAACUUGCUUCUGGAAAUGUUGGUGGAAUAAAAAGUUUUGGCUUUCUCUAUCUGCUCUAUUUUCGGCGCGAAAAUGGGGAGGCCGCAAGCAUCGCCGCGUUUUUUUUUUACAUACUACCCGGUGCAUACUGCAGAAUAUACAUUCCGCUGGUUUAAUGUGCUUCUGAUUGGCUCUGUUCUCUAUGGCAUGGGAUGAAUAUCUCAUGUCCUUAUACGUACACCCGUUUUCAAAAAACUUACUUUUUUUUCUUUUAUCUGGGAUGGAAACAUUCAAAAGAAAACACAAAAGAUAAACACGAAAAAAAUGCGUUUUGGAAAAAUAGUUUUAGCAGGAUAGAAAGAGCACGUACAAACUACAUAAAAUAUGCGAUUGCUACGACCGCCAAAAAUUAGGAGAGGAGUUGUGUGGGUAAAACGGCUCUUACCACCCAGUCAAAGUUCAUUUCCUUUACAUGCAAAUAUUUUAUAAAUUUCGAAAUUGUUAGAAUUUCAUAAAAUCUCUCCCUUACGCAUUACACACCUCAGUGUUUUUUUUUGGUAAAAUAAGCGAUCAUGUAUGGCGAGUACUAAAAAUGUGGAUCACUUUAAGGAUACAAAUAAAAUCUGGUACAAACUUUAGAUGAAGGAAAUGACUGACGCCCUGUACGCAAAUGACUUACUGAAACAUUGUUUCUUUCUAAUUAGGUUGAUGUGUAUAGUUUCGGUGUCCUCCUCUGUGAAAUGUGCAUCAGAGAACAACCAGACCCGGGGAAUCGUAAGAGACAAAUAAAGCGGAUCGGAAACCGCUGCCGUCGAGGCCUCGUGAGGCGAUGUGUACAGCAAGAACCUUGGGAAAGGCCAAAUAUGGACAGGAUUAUUAAUGAACUGGAGAGACCCAGUGGAUGGGUGUCGUUCUAG